CAGUUGGCUGUGUAUGUAGUGAGGAGAGUUAGGUUGAGUAUCUUAUUUUGCUGGUUUGUAUUGGAAGCCAAGAACCAGCUGUGAUAGUGAGACAAAAUCCUAGUGUUCAUAUUGGAAACUGGGAAAGAGGCAUACAUACAUUGGCAGGUGAUGUGGUGGAAUAUCUGGAAAUGUGUGCAUUCUUUCUUUAGUUUGUUUUCAUUUCGGAUUUUCUAGAUUUUAUAUAGCUCUCAGGCUGUUUGGUGUGAAAUAUUGGGUGUAAAUUAUUACUUUGGAUUCUAGAUUGAGAAUAUAUUUUUAUGUGUUCUCUCUUGAUUGUGUGGCAUAAUUUUCUUGAGGAAUUACAUAUCUAAACAAAGAUGGGAAAUAAGUUGAGAAAGCUCAAACUUGGAGGGGAACCGAAAAAUACCCAAGAUUCAAUGGGUGAAGAUGGUAAAUACAAGGCCACAGCUGAUGAUGUGGUAUCAAAUAACAAAGAUUCUGCAGCAGGGAAACCAGACAUAAGUAAAGGGGACAAGCAAGGGUUGGAUAAUGAGGGGUUAGCUUAUGAAGGGCCCAUUCCAGUUGUGACAGUGAAUGUAGAGGAAGUAGGGGCUGUAGAUCAAGGGCCAGAGGAAGGGGACCAGGGGGAGAGGACUGAAGAAGAUUCAGGCCAGGAGCAGAAGGCGAAGGCCAAGUCAGGUACGCCACCUCAGGAUGACCUUGACGAGGUGUCCAUCACGCCCCCUCACCCCAUCGCCAAGCGUAGUCGCCGUGGGGCAGUCAGUGCGGAGGUGUACAAGGAGGAGGAUGCUGCUCAAUACGUGAAGAAGGUUGUUCCAAAGGACUACAAAACAAUGGCUGCCCUGUCCAAAGCUAUCUCGAAAAAUGUUCUCUUCUCUCAUCUGGAUGAUGCUGAACGCAGUGAUAUUUUCGAUGCCAUGUUCCCAGUCCAUAGACACACUGGUGAAGUCAUCAUACAGCAAGGUGACGAAGGGGACAACUUUUAUGUUAUAGACCUCGGAGAAGUGGAUGUGUUUGUCAACAAUGAACAUGUGACCACCAUUGGGGAAGGUGGCAGUUUCGGAGAGUUGGCUCUUAUCUAUGGUCUUCCCAGGGCAGCCACUGUCAAGGCCAAAGGAGAUGUGAAACUGUGGGGCAUUGACAGAGACAGCUACCGCAGAAUCCUCAUGGGAAGCACAAUUAGAAAGAGGAAGAUGUAUGAAGAGUUCUUAGGAAAAGUCUCCAUUCUUGAGAACCUGGACAAGUGGGAGCGGUUGACUGUGGCUGAUGCCCUGGAGCCAGUACAGUUUGAGGAUGGGCAGGAGAUUGUGAGGCAGGGGGAGCCAGGGGAGGACUUCUUCAUCAUCCUGGAGGGUUCUGCUGCCGUGUUACAGAGACGCACAGAGAACGAGGACCCGGUGGAAGUGGGUCGUCUUGGAUCCUCAGACUACUUUGGUGAGAUUGCACUGCUAUUGGACAGACCUCGCGCUGCCACAGUCAUUGCCCGUGGACCUCUCAAAUGUGUCAAACUAGAUCGCGGUCGAUUUGAACGUGUUCUAGGACCUUGCUCGGACAUUCUUAAACGAAAUAUCUCUCAGUACAAUAGUUAUGUAUCUCUUACCGUGUAAUAACAUGUCAUAUUUUGAAUUGUUCAAAUUUAAAUAGUAGAUUGUUUUAAUUGCAGAAUUUUCAGGCCAUAUGCAGCUAUUUAAUCUGUUCAAAGUAUUUUUUAUCUUCUUUUUUUCAUGAAUUGUUGCAAUUGUGAACAUUUUGACCAAUAUAAGAAUCUUGAACUGAUUGAGACAAACCUAUUAUCUUUGGAGAUAUAUAAUGCUGAUUAUUGGAAAUCUUCUACAAUUCUACAUUAUUAAAAAAAUCUAAAUUGCUUUGGGGGUUUUGUGCUCCCCAUUUUAUGUGUGCAUGGCAUAUAGAUUGUUUCUUGUAUUUUCCUCUGUCUUUCUCACUUUUUGUGUCGAGCUUCACUACACAAGUAUUGGUGUGAGAAGAAUAAAACUUAGCAUACAAACCAACCAGCAUGUCCUCUUGGGCAGCUCCAUAUAUAUAGAUAUAUAGACAGAUUAAUGGCAACCCAUAUUUUACAUAAAUAUACAUUUUUUAGCUUGUGUCUGGUGAAACUCAAAAUAGAGUUGUUGUCCCUGUGUAUACGAAAGUAUUGCUUUUAAGGUAGUGAAACUUUGCAUAUUAAUCAGCAUGGGAUGUUGGUCAUGUCAAUACUUUUGUCGAAAUUUUCUUCACAUCCAGACUUAUUGCCCCUUUGUUAAGAAAAAAUAAUAACUCAUAUCCCAUGCACUUGAAAUUCUUGCUGCAUAUGGGCUGAAGCUGUCCAUACAAUAUAGCCACCAUAUGGAAUUGUGCACCCCCAUAUUUUGGUUCCUUUUUUUCCUACAACUUGUGAUUUCAGCCUAAAGCUGGAUGCGGGGGCCUCCCUGUCAUUAUGAACACAUUUGUUAAUGAUAAAUUAUCUUGCAAAAUGUACUUUUUGAAAGUCUGAUAGUGAGAGAUACAUGUAACCUGAGAUCUGACAGAUAGUCAGUAUUUCUUAACACUAGCUGAACAUGUAUAGUUCUUCCACACUCUGUAUAUUUUGUAUAUCUUAUUGUGGUGGUCUAUUAUACAGCAAAUUUUAAUUUGAUAUGAAAAAAAAUACUAUACAGAAUUCUAUAAUCAUAAUGUUUUAAAUAUUUUAAAUUAAUUCACAUUUCAUCAUAAUGUUGAAAUGCUUUUUUUGCAUAAUAAAUUCCGUUCACAAUCAAUUUCUUUUCUUUUUCUGAAACAAACAUGGUCUGAAAAUUCUUCAAUUUUAGAUGUUCUUUUUGUUAUAUAAAUUACCAUAGCAAUAAUAAUUCACUAAUUACAUCGUACAUUGAUUUAUUGUGCAAAUGUGAUAAGGAUUGUUUGAACGUUUGAAUCUUUAAGGGAUUUGUCCUUGAAGUAAGAAAGCAUGCUCUAUUUUCGUAUGACGUUUACGUACACUUACCUAAAUUGAGUUGAGUUACAAGAAUAGAUGCCCAUCAGGCUACCACAAUUUUAGCCAUUACUUAAUAAAUAUGUAUAUGGAACAUGUAUUAUACACUAAGGAAAUAAUCUAACACUCUCUUGCAGCAUAUUGAGAUUUUUUCAUGGCUUAAUUGCUGCAAUGAUUACUGAGUUAGCUAUCCACAGUUGUCUACAUGCAUGUUGGUGUGGAUAUGCAGAAUUUGAAUAUAAUUUGUUGAAUUGUAAAUCUUAUAUGGUAUAUCUCACAUAUCUAAGUUAUAUUGUUAACACUUGCAAGUCCCUUAGUUAAGAGUUAUCCUGUGCUUGAAUUUGUUAGGUUGUUUUUACUUAUAGCAAGUUUGCAUUUUUACGCAUUUAAACAUUAGCAAAUAUAGUUUUAUUGUUGCAAGUCAACAAAAAUGGUCCCUGUCAUAUAUGGUUAUGGCUUUAGUAUUAUUUAUAAAGUACAUGUGUUUUAUCAGGAGAUUAUUCUUAAAAAAUUGCGAUUCACUGUAAUUAUGUCUUAGAUAUUUGUUCAAUUAUGACAUGUUGUGUGAAUUUUUUUUUUAAUCUGUAUGAUCUGUUUGGUGAAUGUUCUGUUUCGACAGAUCAUAUAAGUACAAAUCUGUGGAAAGUAUUACUUGUAAUAUGAACCAUUGUUUUUCUAUAAUUUACAUAUUGAAUCCUCAGAAAUGUUGGGGAAACCAUGCUGAUAUUGAAAUGUCAUUGAUUGGAGAUCAUUGAAUUUUAGUAAAAAAUAUGAAACUGGAAUAUAUUUAUCACACAAUAUCAGGGAAUAAGAGAUUAUUGCCUCUGUGAUUAAGUUCCUUUACACUUUAAGAGGCAUGAAAGCAACUGAUUUUUUUGUUAUUGAAAAUGACAUUUAACUUCUAAAGUGUUCACACUUUAUCAGAUAUUUUCUGAAUUGACAUACAUGCAAUGUAGGUAACAAUGCCCCAUUAUCAUUAUUGAAUACUUAUUUAACAAAAAGCACACACAAAAACAACAAAGUAUUGUUUGUGUUUAAAUGCUAUGAUAUAUGUUGAUAUAUGAACCAUUUUAAUUAUGUAUCUUGUGUAUCAAUUACGACUGUAUUUUUGUCAUACCAUUUAACAAUUAUUAAGAUAUAUUCUGUAUCAACAUUACAUUUUUAGCAGCUCCCUUGGAAAGCCUGGUUUAUCCACAGAGAACGUCAUUUAUAUUGUCAUACUCCAUACAUUAGCUUCCUAUCUCAUAGGAGGGGUUUGGGACAGUUUUGUGUGUACACUAUCUUCAUGUAUUUCUUACAGAAGAUGUUCACUUCUCCUUUAUCAGGGCUUAUUAGCAUAGGAGCAAAGAAAACUUAUCUGGAAGUUUGGCUUUUAAUGGAAAAGUUAUAUGUCAGAGUAUGUCUCCGUGAGGAUUGCAGACUGUCUCUAUGAGAACUUGUCAGUAUCUCAGCAUUCACUCGCAAAACAAGCUCAGCUUAAUUUAAGGCUUCACAUUAAAACAUGAUCCCACCCAAAACUGGUGUUCUGCAGGCAUGAGAUUCCUAUGUGAGUGAAGUUAUAUUCCUUCCUUUUGUUACCUUCAAUUUACAAAAUGUUCAUUACUUUGUUGCAUCUGAUUUAUGGUAGGUGCUUUAGUAAAAGGGUAAAUAUGUUUCCUGCCUAGAGGUUUUUCCAAAAUCACUCCUCUGUUCCUGUUUAAACUGUUAGUCUAAUAUAUUCCAGUAAUUAAUAAAGUUAUAAACUUGUUUCUAUGUUCUCCUUAAUGGCAUUUGAAUAGUUUGGUCACAUUAUUUAUGUGAUAAGUUUUUUUCUGUUUCCUUUACCGCCCUGUAUAGAACAAAUAUUGAGAAAAGCGAAGAGUCGUAAUUAUGCCAUACUUAUUUGUUUGUGAAACGUGUGCAAGUUGUAAAGUUUGUGAAUGGUCGUAUGAGUAUUUCUGUAAAACAUCAACAAAUGUACAUAUAACCGAUAACUGUAGAUUAAUGAUAUUACUGCUUUAAAAGUAUGUGUUGUUUGUGUGGUUAAACUGCGAAUAACCCUUUUGACAACACUGCUCGCAUUUUAACCUCAGCUUGUUGUGAUGUACAGGUAGAUUUGCUAUUUUGGAUGAGUAUUUAAAAUGUCAUGUUUUAAAUGAACUGGUUUGAAAUAAAGGAUGAAAUGUA